UGUACAGACUGAGCUAAAUUCUCUCUCUAAAAAGGAGACUUUCUUCCCGCAUAAAGAUGUAUUAACUCCCAGAACCUCCAUACUUCCUGUGAAGACCAAAACCAAAAACAAGCUUCCCUUUAAAGAAUGCUCAAUCUUCAAAGGGUUGUUUCUUUGAACUGCAGCCAGCCAGGUAGCACAAAGAGCAAGAUGAAAUGCGAUUUCAAUGGAACUCUGCUGAUCAGUGUGCUCCCGCCACUGUUGGUGACAGAGUGUGUGGUGGGAUUCAUCGGCAACGGUUUUGCUCUUUGGAUCUUCUGGUUCCACCUGAAGCCCUGGAAGAGCAGCACCGUGUUAUUCUUCAACCUGGCAAUGGCUGAUUUUCUGCUCAACAUGGCUUUACCUUUUCGUGCCACCUACUACAUCUCUGGGACCAAGUGGAUGUUUGGAGGCACUCUCUGCAACAUCUGCCUCUUCAAGUUGGCAAUGAAUCGCAGUGGAAGUACCUUCUUCUUGAUGGCUAUCGCUGUUGACAGGUACAUGCGCGUGGUGCAUCCCCAUCAUCCCAUCAACUCUUUGAGUGUGUCUAAAGCCGUGACUGGAGCACUUGCAAUAUGGUUACUCACCAUUUCAAUGACUGUUCCUAUCUUCACUUUGGAACACGUCAACUCGACGUACUGUGAAAGCUUCAUGAUUCACACUGAUGCCCACCUUAAUCUGACUUGGCAUAAGUUUGAGUUUUUCUUUUCCUUCUAUCUGCCUCUGUUUGUGAUUCUCUACUGCACAGUCCACAUUAUUAUCCGCCUGAGAGGGAGAAAGCUGGCCCAGCAGGCUAAGAUCAAGAAAGCUCUUUGCUUCAUCACAGUAGUGGUGGUGGUCUUCAUCAUUUGCUUCUUCCCGAGCAAUAUCACACUGCUGCUGAUUUUGAUCAAGACCCAAGAGGUAGCCAGAACCCUUCCCAGUUCUCAAUUCUGUCCUGCCUUGGAGGACCUGACCACCACAUUUUACAUCACCAUUAGCCUGACCUAUCUCAACAGCAUGUUGGAUCCUGUGGUCUACUAUUUCUCCAGCUCUGCCUUUAAGAAUAUCUGCUGGAAAGCUCUUCAUCUGCCCCAAACAUCUGACCCUCCUGAAAGUAAAGAGAAAAAGACUCGAGAAACAGAGUCCCAGUCGCUCAGCCAGCUGUGAUCACAAAGCCAAAAUCAAGGAAAUAAUUAUGAGAUGUUGCUCCGUGGCUAAAAUUUUGACUCCUUAAGCUGUCAUGUGAGUGCUACAGCCAACAAGAUGUUAUUUUUACUUCUCUUAUAGUUAAAGUAUAUAUUGACUGCACUUUUCUAAAUAUUUCUUUAGCAAAACAUAUACUACUGUAAAGCUAUGAAAUAAUCGAUGCACUGUCUUAUAACAUAGUUUCCAAAAGCUU